AUGGAGACAGAAAUUGAACAAGAAGAUACCUCAUUCAGCAACACAGAGACCAACGGUGAGUUUUAAUCCCUUCCUGUUUUAAUUAUAUGUUACUAGUAUAUGAAUAUGAACAGUAUAGUUAUUUAAAAUAAUGUAAGCUGUGUGGUGCACCGUGUAUGUCCUUUCCUGUAUUCAUGACUUAUUAAAAUUUAUCAAUGGUCUAAAAUAUAAGCAUUUAAAUUCCUAAAUUGUAGCUGCCAGAUAUGUGCCCAAAAAGUUCAGAGCAGAUGUGUGUAGUGAAGAAGCCAUAUCUAUUAAAUCUAUACUGUUUUAACAUGCAAGUACAAUGAGUGGGAAAUUAGUAUUAAAUGUGUAUUGUUUUUACAUAAACUGAAUGCAAAUCUAAAGAACCUGUGUAUGUGGGAGAUUAAACUCAGUGUUUUUCCUUCUCAGGUAAGCGUCCCGCGGAGGACGCUGAUGAGGAGCAGUCCUAUAAACGCUCCAGGAACACAGAGGACAUGGUGGAGCUCCGCAUACUCCUACAGAGUAAAGUCAGUCCGCUUUCUGUUCCUCAUUCACAAUCCCUUCAACACCCACAAUCUCCUCAUGGCGUUUCCUGCAAUAUAGCCUGUCUUCUUUCCUCCCCAAUUAUUUAUUGAACCUUUAUUUGACCAGAUCUGGGAGUUUAAUAACUUUUUUUAUUUUUCUACACCCGGUGGUUCAGUGUCCGAUUUUAAUGGCGGCAAGGUCCGUUUUCGAUUAUGUAGUAUGGAGAUGUUUUGAGGAUGUUUUUGACGUUAUAUCACAAUAAGUUGGAUGUCAUCUGACUAAUCUCUUUUUCCUUCAGAAUGCAGGAGCCGUGAUUGGGAAGGGUGGUAAAAACAUCAAAUCCCUGCGCACAGACGUGAGUACAUUUACACCACUCUUUUUAUUGGAGCAAGCGCUGGGUAUAUUUACAGUACCCGCCCCCUUAUACUGGGAUGUACUUUGGGAAUGUAUGAUUUUAGUACUUUAUAUGCGAAAGUUGAGCAUUUUACAUUUGGUAGGUUGGCCUUAAGAAAAUGGGUCUGUUAACUAUGGUUGGAAGUAAAUCUAUGAUAUUUUGGGGUGACGGUUAAUGCAAGGAUAUGAUGUGAAUUGAGACCUGCUUUACACCAGUUGUGGUAAUAACCCUCCAAAGUGUAAUGUCAUUGUAAUCAAAUGGCCCCCGCUAAUUGAUAUGAAAUACCUGGCCUUUUUUUGCGUAAUGAAUAGUGCUAUUACUACCAGGCAUCAGCACUGCUAAGACUGUCAUUAAUACUUGAGUGGGCCCAGUGUAUGGCCCAGUGUAUUUUAGGGUAUAGCACCGAAAGCCAUAGGAAAUGUCUUGUGUAUAUAAACAGCCUGGCCAAUUCUCAACUAAUUGAAUGUCAUUACCUCUCUCUUUCUCUACUCUCCACUCUUCUCCCUCUCUCCUCUUCUCCUUCUUUCUCACCAUUCUCUCUACAUCUCCCCCUCCUUUUCUGCUCUCAUUCUAUCGGUCUUCAUCUCUAGCUCAAUACCUUUUCCUUUUCUAUCUCUACCUCUGCUCUCUUAAAAAAACACUCAGAGAAUGAAAUCACAAUGAAGAAUAUUAGCCUGUAUUAAAAUGUAUUCCUCUUCCCCCUCCCUCUUCCCCCUCCUGUUUUUUAUUUUUGUUUAUUUUUGCCCACUUCCUCUGUUGCCCAUGUUCUGGAUCGCCCCUCCUGCGCCCGCCCACCUGACACCCUGGUUGGCCCUGCCCAUAAUCGUGCCCCUCCCUAAAUGGGCGCCUUACUUGAUUGACAUCUGUGUGCUCGAAUGGCCCCUGCCCAUACCACGCCCACGGCCCUUGCAGUUCAAUGCCAGUGUGUCAGUCCCAGACAGCAGUGGGCCUGAGCGGUAUGUCCCUAAGCUCCUCCCUCUCACUGCCUGACUACAGGAAAUAAACAAACAAACCUGCCUUGUUCUAGUGACAAUAUCAAAACCUGCCUCUGUUCCUGUGACAAACAUGUACACCUUCCUCCAUUUGUUCAGUGACAGCAUUAUAAGCCUCUGUUUUUAGUGAGGGUUUCAACAAAUACUUUAAACCUGCCUCUGUUCUAAUGACCGUAUUUCAAUAUUCUAUAUUUUAUUUCAGUGACAGUAUCUUUCCCUUCCACGUUCCUCACCUCCCUCCUUCCCCUCUCAGAAUUGGUGUACUGAUCUGUUUAGUUUCUCACAUUCCCCCCCAUCCCCUCUUCCUUGUUCCCACAUUGAUUUUUGGGGGCGGUUUGACCACUGUAAUGACUGUAAAGUAUGUUCUGCCAUAGAGCCGCUAGGGUUCAAGUGUUGUAUGUAUUUUUCUCGUCUUUACUCUUCAUAUUGCCUUUUCCAUUGUUGGAACUGUUGAACGUGAACUUAUUUGUCACCUCAUCCCUGUGGCCCAUGCCUUCCCUCAACAUCCUUCUGUCCAAUAGUGAGGAGCAUAACUCACUGUUGCCCUGCCAACUCUCACCCAUCUUUAAGUUAACUUUAAAGUGUUCCUUAGUUUGAUUCUUUUGUUUUGGCUUAGCCUACUACUCUGUCAUCUUGUUUUUUUUUAUUGGCCUUUGAUUCUUUUUAAUUUUUCUCCCCCAUGUUGAGCUACAGUACAGUUCCUUUAGCGCACUGGCAGCAGGCCCCAUUGGUGCAAACCACUCACCAACCUUUCCUCCCCCUCCCUCUUCUAGUGGUCACUAAAACACACUUGCUUUCUUUGGGUUCCUUUUACCUUUUUUUUUUUUUUUUUGUUCCUCUUCUUUGUCAGAUACUUUGAAGGGGGUUGCUUUUCCUUUUUUUUCCACCCAGUCUUUAUUUGUGUAUGUAUGGGUAGAUAUCAAAGGGUUUUGGGCUGUCCAUUUCUAUCCCUCAGUUGUGAUUUUGGGGGUGCACAUAGAAAUAUAAUUGCUAGAUAUGGCCGCUGGUCCACUCAUCACAGAACAUUGACUUGAAUGGGAGUGUCCAUUCUAGUAAUUAUAUUUCAAUGGGAGUGCCACCCGGUUAACCCCCACGGCGGGGGUGGGAGGGAAUGGGGUCUUCAUUCGUUAUUAGACGGUAUGGUUGAAGUUUUGCUGAGGGAGAGUUGACCUCAGCUCUGAAAUACUGUUUGUUUCCUCUAUGCCCCUUGUCACCAUUUGAUUGGUCCUCCUGGGAAUGUCCUGUGCUGUGAUUGGUGGCUCUAAAGCAUUCUGAGCAUCGGUGCGGAAAUCGAGACUGUUGGAGAGAUCCUGCUCAAGAUCAUCCCUACUCUGGAGGAGGUGAGCCUGGGUUGGGGAUGAGGAAGAAUGAGAUGAGCCUAAUGGCCGCCUACCAUUUUCAAUGAUAGUCCUGUGUGGGACAGCUAGAUAUUGAGUGUGUUGAUAAAACAAAACCUAUAGAUAUCAAAUGCACAGAUCUGAAUAUGGUGACGCUAAAGUAUUUUUCUCUGAUUGCCCCCAAUCCUCCUCAGUACCAACAGUACAAUGGGAUGGACUUUGACUGUGAGCUGAGGCUGCUGAUCCACCAGAGCCUGGCAGGCAGCAUCAUUGGUGUGAAGGGAGCCAAGAUCAAAGAGCUACGAGAGGUACAGUUACUCUGAACUUCUCACACUCAUAUCUUCUCAUCUGGGUCAUGUUCAGUAGCUAAAAAAAAUGGAGAACAUCUUAAAACCAGGGAGAUAAACCUGAACUUGUCCCAUAAGAAUGCACAUUUUCCUUUUCAAAAAAGUGUAUUUAGUUUUGAGCCUACCCUGAUUCAAAGUUUUUCUGUGGGUUCUUCUCAGACGUAUGACAUUGCUUUGUCUAAUUUGACCAGUGUUGACUUUGACCGUUACAGAACACCCAGACCAACAUCAAGCUGUUCCAGGAGUGCUGUCCCCAGUCCACAGACCGAGUGGUUCUGGUCAGCGGCAAGUCUGAGCGUGUCGUCGAGUGCAUCAAGAUCAUGCUGGAUCUCAUCGCUGAGGUUGGUACUCUUAUCUAACCAUUGACUGAGCUGCUAACAUACCACAUACCAGUGUAAAUACCACAGCCAGUCGACUCUAGAAAUUGUGUGAUCCUGUCCCCCUCAGGCUCCCAUAAAAGGGCGCACCCAGCCCUACGACCCCAACUUCUACGACGAGACAUACGACUAUGGUGGCUUCACCAUGAUGUUUGAGGAGCGUGGGGGUGGUGGUGCCGGUGGUGGGCGGCGCCCCAUGGGGGGCUUCCACAUGCGAGGGGGACGAGGUGGCGGAGGAUUUGACCGGAUGCCCUCAGGGCGAGGGGGUCGAGGUGGGCCCAUGCCCCCCGCCCGCAGGGAAUAUGAGGAGAUGAGCCCCCGCCGUGGACCCCCACCACCCCACCCAGGAAGAGGGGGAAGGGGGGGGAGCCGUGGCCGCAACCUGCCCCUGGCCCCACCCCAAAGAGGAGGAGGGUAAGAGAGCUACACCAUCGCUCAUUGCCAUUUCUCUUCUAAUCUCUCAAUCAAUUUUGCUUUGUCUACAUCGGUUUGCUCUCAAAAGUUCAGCAGAUAUAAUUAUAUGAUCCCAUUUAAAUAUGUAUUUCAUUCAUAGUGUGUGUGUGUGGCCUCAUGUGUGUGUUCCAUAUCCACGUUAUUUGCAGAGAUGAUCAUUACUCCUAUGACUCCUAUCGGGGCAGUGCAGAUGACAGACAAAAGUAAGUACUUCUUCAGCCAACACUGUGGUCAGCCAACACUGUGGUCAGCCAGUCAGCCAACACUGUGGUCAGCCAGUCAGCCAACACUGUGGUCAGCCAGUCAGCCAACACUGUGGUCAGCCAGCCAGCCAACACUGUAGUCAGUCUGUCUUGCGUGAGACUGGUCCUCUGAUUACUGGUCUCAUCUCUGCCAUCAGUCUGUCAUCACCUCUUACUUUUGUGUGAAUGCUGUGUUUUUCUCUGACUGUCUGUUGUUUGACUUGGAUCAGAGCUCUGCUGACAAGCACUCUCUGCCGUGUCAAUAUUUUCCUCAAGUCAGACUUCCGUUUUCUCUCUUUAUCUCAGCAGUGACAGAAGAGGGAGACCAGGAGAUCGCUAUGGCGAUAACAUGGUUAGUGACACAUGACUAAAUGCAUGCAGCAGUCAUCUUGGCAUUUAUUGUCUGAAAGCAUCAUCAUACGCUGAAAAGCCAGUUGGUCUUAGACAAUGAUUGCAAUUGGCUGAUAAUAACCACAUCACCAUGACCACAGCUAACCACACAAUAAAUCCCAACAAUACAUUUACCACUAACAUUAAACAUGUAAUAAACAUGACUUUACCACAGUAAACCAUACCAUAAACACAGGUAAUGGGUAACUUACCCACAGUAAUAAUUACCCAUACCACCAUGACCACUACCAUCUAUGCAAUCAUGGGGGGGAACUAUGCUGUGGUUGCUAGGUGUUAAUAAUAACGCUUUGUUGUCAGAUGGGUGGGCUCUCUUUGAGAGCUGGCAGAAACUGCCUCCAGUUGCUCGGCAACUGAUUUUUGAAUUGCUUGUUGCCCUGGUGACUGAGGAGCCUCUGAAUAGCAGGUGAAAGCUGUGGAGUGAGUGGCUGGUAGAGAUGCAAGCAGGGGGAGUGUUCUACAGCAUCAAAUAGGGGCUUUUGGACAAACUGGGCAACUCAAUCCUGACCAUGCAAGGCUGGGGUUGCAUGCAUCCAUGAGUGUAUACAACAGAUCACUAGGAAAUGUGUGUUGUGGGUUUAACCCUGCCCCCUUUCUCUUUUCUCUUUCUGCAGGGUGGAGGUGGAUAUGGUGAGUUGUUCUGUUCUUCCUAUGUGGUUCUGUCUAGAAGGCCAGUCUGAGUUCUGUUUCAUUGCUGUUUCCAGUGGCACAUAGAUGGCUAGUGGUUCUCCAGUGUAUGUUCUAGAACCUGAUUUCAGCUGGUCUGCUGUAUAAGGCUACUAAUACACUUACUCAACAGUCUUGAGCGUAUUGUUUUACCCCAAGGCUACUAGUCUACUAUCUUUGUUUUGUUAUUUCAACUGUUUAUAUGGGAUAUCAUCUUUAAAAUGUGUUGCUCUACUCUGUGUAUCAGGUUGGUAAAUACUUAUUUGUUUAUGGUACCAGUCUGCUGUGGAUGUGGAUUUUAGCAUAUUUUCUAAUAAACUUCAACCUAUACGGCCAACUUCCCUAAGUGUAGAUCUAUUUUCUCGGUCUCUCUCCUUUCAAAAAGAUAACAGCUCGUCCUGGAACUCCUAUCAGUCUGGUGAGUCUAUAGAAACGCGUCUUGGCAGCCUGGUAUUCAAUGUUGUUAGGUCAUGGUAUCAUUAAAUAUGUUACGGUUUUGUUAAUAGAACCUCCACACUUACUCAAGCUUUUUCUCUGAUCUCUCCUCGUCUGUGUUAGGUGGACGCGGUUCCUAUAAUGAUAUGGGAGGGCCAGUCAUCACCACACAAGUGACGAUCCCCAAAGACGUGAGUGUAUAAUCAGAGGGGUGACUCCUCUUUACCUCACAUACUCUGUUCACAUACAGCAGGGGUGUCAAACUCAUUCUAUAUAGGGCCUAGUGUCUACGGGUUUUUGUUUUUUUCCUUUCAAUUAAGACCUAGACAACCAGGUGAGGGGAGUUCCUUACUAAUUAGUGACCUUAAUUCAUCAAUCAAGUACAAAGGAGGAGUGAAAACCUGCAGACUCUCGGCCCUCCGUGGAAUGAGUUUGAUACAUGACAUACAGAGUAAUGACUCGGUCAGUCUCACCCACCAUGGCCUAUGAAACCCUAAUGCAACACAACACCCACAUUCUCUCACACCCGCAUUCUCUCACACACACAUAUUUUCACACUUUUCUUGUGCAUGAUGUUCUGUUGACUGUGGUGGUGUUUUCUCCAGCUGGCCGGCUCCAUCAUCGGUAAGGGAGGCCAGAGGAUCAAGCAGAUCCGGCAUGAGUCUGGCGCCUCCAUUAAGAUCGAUGAGCCAUUGGAGGGUUCAGAGGACCGCAUCAUCACCAUCAGCGGCACCCAGGACCAGAUCCAAAACGCUCAGUACCUAUUGCAGAAUAGGCAAGUUCUGGAUGCCCUCUGA